GCAGGUUCGCCUAAACAAAUCCUGAUCCUCGCCUGUAAACUAGGCCCUCGUACGAGUCCAACGGCAUCCGCCAUGUCCUGACCCUCUUCCUCACAUAAGACCCUACCAUGCCCUUGCGGACUCUAUUGGCAAGGUCCGCCACAGGUACCACCCACCGGAGACAUAGCAGUAUCACAGAUGAUACUCCUAUAUCACAAGAUGGCGUCCCAUCACCUGCACGGGGCCGAGCAGACUCGAUGAAACGACUCAGCCUUGGAUUGUCUGGAGCGGGUGAAGACACUUUCAAUCCAUUUCCAAACCAUGACGCCGAGAAGAGACUGUCCCAUCAGAGUGCUGCACCCAGUAGUCCUGUUGAAGACAGUCCACAACGGCCAAAGACCGCCAGUGUUCAUGCUGCUACGACAAUGCAGCCCGAUGAGCCGGGGAAAGAUGAUACACAGAAACGCCAUGUUGACGAUAUCACUAUGCCCAAACCUCAACGGUUCUCGCUUCUGGGCUUCAGGCACGCGUCCGAUCCUCAGCUUUUUACACGGUUCAGGCAACACCAGGCGGACUCGCAGCCUUUCAAGGAAGCUGCCCCUCCGCAAAUCAUCACCACCGCACCCACCACGCAAGAAUUUGGAGACAUGUCUACGAAACGUUCGAAGCGGAGAUUGUUCCCACGAGCUCCCAGCCCUUUCCGAAAGACCCUGUCCUUUAGAAACAUCGCAUCCGACUCCUUGCAAGAAGAUCUGAAUGAGGACAAACCGGAGGCGGUUGUAGGGUCCGAAAGAGCGAGGGUACCGCAUGGGAACACUUUCGAACGACUGCGACGAAGUAAGACUAGCGAUGGCCAUCCAGCGCAUCCGUCGCCCCCAGCAUAUGGCGACGAAUCGACCUCCUCACUGGCUAUUCCAGUUACACGACUUUCCGAUUCUUCACGGUCGGACGACAGUUCUGGUAGCCACCGUCUCUAUGCCAAAACUACGACAACGCAUACAAUCUCUACCACGACAACCUUCUUCAAGCUCAAGAGACGAAAGAAAGACAAGGGUCCGCUGUUUCCACUGCCAGAAAAGUUUGCCCGUCCCGACUCUGGCCGGACAAGCAUCUCAAAUGCUCCGGACGCCAAUGGUGGCAGGAAGUCCAUGUCUCCAAGCAGGCGGUCAACUACAGCCGUGAGGUUUGACACCGGGCCGAGCAGGCAGAAUUCAGCAGGGCCGUCGCCUACUCAAUCAGCUGUUGCACUUACAAAUGCACCGUUCGGACAACCGGGUCCAACUAUAGUUCGACAAGAUUCAACGUGGUCAACACACUCGGGUCAAUCAACACCUUCCGUCAACCUCGGGCUCCCAACGACUAGCGGGCGAGGUAGAUCCUCCACUAUGAGUUCGCUUGGGAGGUCGGCCGAGAGGAUGCUCGAGGCGCAGCCGGGUUCUGCACGCACAUCAACCUCGACCACUGGCAGAAGGAGUUUCGGAGAUUUGUUGUCACUCCCGCAUCGACUUCGCCAAAACUCUGCUCCCCCGACUAGGAACGGUACAACGACAAGUCCAGGGACGCCGGCCUCGAAAUCCAAUUCAAUGCAGCUGUCACGUGAACCAGAACCAAGUCGUGUCUAUCCUCAACGAGAGGAUGGCGAUACGCCUGCAAGUUACCUGGAAAAGCUCGAAGCGGCGGUUUCCAGGGGCACGAUGGCGACGAUCCUUUGUAAGAGCGCUGACGAAUUCUCCAAGACGUGCCUACGUAAAUACAUGCGAGGAUUCUCAUACUUCGGAGAAUCCAUUGACAUGGCGAUUCGGAAAAUGCUGAUGGAAGUGGAGUUACCCAAAGAGACUCAGCAAAUUGAUCGACUACUUGCCGGGUUCGCUGAUAGAUACUACGAAUGCAACCCUGGCAUUUUCGGCUCCAGCGAUGAAGCCGCUUUUGUGGCCUUCUCCAUACUUCUUCUUCAUUCCGACACCCACAACAAGAACAACAAGAGAAAAAUGCAAAAGCAUGACUACGUCAAGAAUACCCAACAGGGACCUGUACAGAUUUCCAGUGAUAUCCUGGACUGCUUCUACGACAAUGUAUGCUACACACCUUUCAUCCACUUUGAGGACGAUGUGGCCAUCAAUAGUCAUCGUUUGGCUGCACCUCGGAGGAAGACCCUGAUCAGAACGCGAAGCUCAGAGAGUUUUCGUGGGCCUGUGGAUCCAUACACGCUGAUCCUAGACAACAAGCUCGAGGUCCUACGGCCUCCACUCAAAGAUGUGAUAGAUACUGAAGACGGCUACAGCUCCAGUGGCACAGCAGCUAUACUGGACUACGGCGAGAUUCACAAAGCUUUUGUCAAUUCAGCAGUACUGCAACUCGUUUCCGCCAGGUCCAGACCGGACGCAUUCCUGUCUCAAGCGACAAUUAGCAAUCCCAACGAAGGUCAAGCCGGGCUUGUCAGUAUCAAGGUCGCCAAAGUAGGGUUGUUGUGGCGGAAGGAUGCGAAGAAAAAGAAGGCGAAAAGACCGUGGCAGGAAUGGGGUGCCAUCUUGACCGACUCAAAGCUCUACUUCUUCAAGGAUGUGGGAUGGGUUAAAAAAUUGAUCUCACAAUUUGAGGCCCACACGAAGUCAGGCACCAAACCAGGGUAUCUAACCUUCAAGCCUCCGCUGUCUUCGUUCGAGCCUGAUGCUUUGAUGUCUAUGGAUGAUGCGGUAGCAUUGAUGGAUGCGAGCUAUAAACGGCACAAAAAUGCGUUCACAUUCAUCAAACAUGGAGGAUUCGAAGAGGUAUUUCUGGCAAACAGCGAACAUGAGAUGAACGAUUGGAUCGGCAAGCUGAACUAUGCUGCCACUUUCCGUACAGUCGGCGUCAGAAUGCGUGGACUUUUGGGUGGUAAUCACGACGGACGCCAUCUGCUGCAGAAGGACUCGACUUUCUCAGUCAAGGGUGGCCAGACUCUGCAGAAGGAUAGGAGACUAGAUCUCCAAACAGCUUGGGAGAUCAUGUACUAUCGUCGGCAACUCGUCAACGAAAAAAUCAGCGACUUCGAUGAAAAGAUCUCUGUGGCUCAAAAGGAACUCGAAAACCUCCUGCGCAAUGCGCGGCAUCUGCUCAUCCUAAUGCCCAUUCAGCAAAAGACUCGCGAACAGCUCAUGCUGGCUGCAGGUCGAAUGUCUGCAAAACUAAAGUGGACAAGGGUCGAAAUUUGGAGGACGAAGACGCACCGAGAGAUUCUAGCCAAGGACCUGGAAGAAGAGGGCGGCAAAGCCUUCCCAGCUCCGCGCCCAAUUUCGACUUCGACUUCGACACCAUUGAGGACCACUCCUCUCAGGAUCAGUCAGCCUACCUUGGGCCGAACGAUGACUGAUACCAGCCACGCAACACUCUCCCCCAUCAGCGUGACGUCCUCUAGAACGUCAAACCUGGGAGACAGGCUGAAACCCUCGGAGAACGAGGGCGGUUGUGGCGAAUCAAGCAUCCCCGAGGGUUCCUCUUCGAGGGAUCCUACAUUGUCUGCAGAACAUCCAUUGGUGAAGGCGGAAAGCAGUCUGGAUUCACAUUCACUCGUGCAUCAAGCCUCGACUGCCAGUUCCCGUCUGAGCCUGGACAAAGAACGACUCAGUAGAAAGCCCGACGAAUCUGAGGAGCAGGUGUUGCGUGACGCUGGCUUAGUGGGCGUGGAUAGUGAUACGCUUAAAAGUAAGCGACACGAGAACAGCGAGUCGGAAAAGGAUCGGCGCGGGACGAUAUCAGCAGGACAUGAUACAACCAGGACCCAGAGCGUACGCCGAAGUCUUCACAGGAGUUUGCGAGAGGGACAUCAUCAUACGCCAAGUAUUCACCGCCAUAGGAAGGGGAGAGACUCUGGUUCGAGUGUUGCAGGAACCGAGGAUGGAAACAAGUCGGUCAACGGUGAGAGUGAGGAGUUGAAACGGGGGACUGGAAGUUUCAUUUUGCAUGGCAAGAAAGCCAGUGUCAUUACCAUGUCUUCGGAAUGGGAGAGCAUGUCGAAUGAAGAGAGGUUGAAAAUGAGAAAGGCCGCACAAGAGGGGUUGGUCAAGGACAAGCCUCCCACCAUCGCGGACGAAGAGGGGGUGGAUGAGGACCAGCCUCCCACUAUCGCGGACCACGAUGAAGGUGCGGAGAGAAUGAGCUGGUUGUCUAAGCAGACGCUAGACCACUAUGGCUCUCCAGACUCGAGCCGCAAACCAAGUAUCGCCACCACAGAUGGGGAGCAUUUUGUGGAUGCCGAAACAGGCGACAACCAAGAAGAGACGCGGGAAGGUGAAUAGACCUGGCGAGCAACCUUGGGAAACUGCUUUAUGAUUGUCAGUGAGCGAAAACGGAGUU